AAAUCAAGGCUUAAAAUACAGCAGAAAUUAGAAAUAAGGCUUUCACAGUUCAGGUUCUUUAUCAAAGAUUCCUUAAGGUUGAAGAUGGAGACGUUUAGUCACAGAGUUAACACUUAUAUUGACUCUUGGAUGGGACCCAAGGAUCCUCGGGUUAGAGGAUGGCUUCUACUGGACAACUACAUCCCCACUUUUGCCUUCACUGUCAUGUACCUUCUGAUUGUGUGGAUGGGACCAAAAUACAUGAAGAAUAGACAGCCAUACUCCUGCAGAGCACUGCUAGUGCCGUAUAACCUCGCCCUGACGCUUCUCUCCUUCUACAUGUUUUAUGAGCUGGUAAUGUCAGUGUAUCAAGGCGGAUACAACUUCUUCUGCCAGAACACCCACAGUGGAGGAGAGGCUGACAACAGGAUGAUAAACGUCCUUUGGUGGUAUUACUUCUCCAAACUCAUUGAGUUUAUGGACACUUUCUUCUUCAUUCUGAGGAAGAACAACCACCAGAUCAGCUUCCUGCACGUCUACCAUCACGCCACCAUGCUCAGCAUCUGGUGGUUUGUCAUGAACUGGGUGCCGUGUGGCCACUCCUAUUUUGGCGCCACGUUUAACAGCUUCAUCCAUGUCCUGAUGUAUUCGUAUUACGGCCUCUCUGCUGUCCCAGCCAUGAGACCGUAUCUGUGGUGGAAAAAGUACAUCACUCAAGGGCAGCUGGUCCAGUUUGUCCUGACCAUGUUCCAGACAUCUUGUGCUGUGGUCUGGCCAUGUGGUUUCCCAAUGGGCUGGCUGUAUUUCCAAAUCACUUAUAUGAUCACUCUUAUCUUACUCUUCUCAAACUUCUACAUAAAGACCUAUAAGAGCCGCAUGGGAUCUCGGAAGACCGAUCACUCGAACGGAUCAAUAAACGGUCACACUAAUGGAGUGACAUCCAAUGAGAAGGUUAAAUACAGGAAACCGCGCGCAGAUUGAUGACAGUUAAUCCACUUACAGUCCUGUUAUUGUUAUCAGCGCAGUAGAGGAGCUUCACGCAUGUCUAUCUAGUUACCACGCUACAGCCAUUUCACCUUUAAGAGUCUCCUCACAUUUUUGCACACUGCAACCUCACGUUAUUCAUAUUGAAUCCAAAACUUAGGAAGUAGGGUCCAAGUUAGAGUAUUUGAUGUUUUUCAUAUUUUUCAUUUUCUUGAAGAACAAAGAUGGCUAACCUUAAUACUGUACUAAUUUGCACUGGUGUUUUCACCAAGCUUGUUUGUAGACAUAGAGAAGAUUGUAUUAGAGAAAUUUGACAGGUAUACAGGAGUAUGUCACACUUAUGAGCUGAAUUAAACAGUAGUAGCCUAUACGAUGUUUCUUUAUAGCACAGGCAGAUAAUCUUACAAGACAGUACGUAACAGUCAUAACAAUACCUUUAGAAAAAUGGAAGACUAUUAGUUUUAUGGACUAAUCGAGCGAAUUUAGUGAAUUAAUGUAUGUUUACAGAAUAAAAUGGACUGUUUAUUUUAUAUUAA